UUAGGAUGCUGCACAAAGCUCCUCCUCUCCUGCGUCAGGGCUGACAUAAAUAUUGCACCUGCAGGCAUCAAGCUCAGAGGAGCUGAAAGAACUAAACUUUACAUCAAAUAUUCCUUCAAGUCAACAUUUAAUCUUUACAAUACCAAGAAAUGGAGCAAACAUUGAUCCUGUUGUUCACCACUGUGAUGCUUUUUGUGGCACCAGGUGUCAAUGCAGAUUUGUCAUUUGCAGCUAAUCAGCAGUUUAACAUUACAAGGACAGGGUGUGCAGUCACCAAACUGUGUGUGAGUACACCGGAUAGCUGUGACCCUGCAGGAAAUGGCGUAUGUCUUUUUGGAUCUGUGAAUGCCGGCACCCCAUCGCCUCCAAAUGGUAACCAAAUGGCCUUUGAGCUCAGUGGAAACUCCUCUGGAUUCAUCGCUCUGGGGCUCAUCGCGAAUGCAUCUGUGGGUACUUCGAUGCUCUUUGUCUGUGCUCAAAACAGCAGUGGGUCGUUUUUCUUCCAAACACAGACUCGAAACAACACAGAUAACACGCUCACAUCACUAAACAGGACUGUAACACAGAUCCAAGGCAAAGUAAAUGGUUCAAGUAUUCAGUGUGGGUUCACUGUUCCAAAUCUGAAUGCCUCUAACACCAGGAGUGCCAGUGAUACCACAUUUAUCAUCAUCCUUGGGUCUGGAACUGUAAAUGGAAACAGUCUUGGGAAUUUCACUGCCUCCCUGACCACUGGCCCUCUGAACCUGGCCAACCUGACCAGCAAUACUUCCACCACAGCAGCACCUUCAUCAGGGACGAACCUUCACUCUCAUGCUGUGCUACUCCUGCUGAGCGUGCUCACUCUGUCCUUCCUGAAGGCAGCCUGACAAAGUCCAGACAUGAAGCUGUAACCAAACGAAGAUGCAAUGAAGGAGCUGGUUUACACACCGGUCCAAACUGAGUGUCAGAGAAUUUGUAAAGCUUUUACACUGAACUAAUAUUCAAAUAUGAAGUUGAUCUUUUUGUACUAUUUUUGUAUUUUAUAAGCACUUGUAGUUAACAGAGUUUCAGUCAUCAAAUACAAAAUCUAUUUCUUAAUUUGUACAUAUAAAUUAACAUAUAUUUAAUUAAAUGUACAAACUAUAUUAUUCUUGUGUUUUAAUUCUACUGUGACUCUAUCUAUCUCUGAUCUAUUUGUUGACUGUAUGAAAUGAAACCCCAGCUUACUUACCUGAAAACAAGUCAAACUGAGAUUAAUUUUUUCUGGGUAAUUGGUAACAUUUGGUCUUGGGGAGCUGCGCCUCUCGUCAUGAUACACUCAACAGCCAGUUUGAUAAUGUACAUUUAACUCCUUGUCUUGGAGAGGACGUGUCUGAUGGUUAAAUUCUGAUUUCCUGCUACAACCUCUGAUCCAGAUUUUCAAGUUAGUGGUGUUUUUUUUUUUUUUUUUAAAAACUCCUACAUCCCUGAAGUUCUCAUAUGUGACAUAAAGCAUGUUUUAGUUGACUCUCUCUCAUAUGCAUGAAAUUGUUUUGGCCUAAAGUCUGCUGCAAGAAACAUCCACUAAUGCUCAGAUUUUAGGUGAUCAAGCACAGCCCGUAUUAAAAUGUGUGCAGCUGUAACAAACUUCUGCAAACCAACUAACUGAAAUAAAACAUGAAAUAAUGCAGAUUCUAUUGGAUAAAACAUGACGUCCACACACUCAGUUAAUGGAGGAAUGGUAAAUUCAAGAUGAAUCAGUUUUCUGUUUGACUGAACUGAAUAAAUUUUUGCUAUUGGACAAAA